AUGGUUACUCCAGCCCAUCCAUCAUCUUUGGAACACAGUUCUGUUGGUCAGAGGGCUCAUGACAUCUUCCUGAGUUUCAGAGGUGAAGACACUCGCAAGAGUCUCGUCGAUCACCUCUACUCCGCUUUGGUGAGAGCCGGAAUUAAAACCUUCCGAGAUGACGACGCGCUUCGAAGAGGGGAAAACAUCUCUACCGAACUACUCAAUGCGAUCCAUGGAUCAAGGAUUUCCGUUGUUGUUCUUUCCCAAGGCUAUGCUUCUUCUAAGUGGUGUCUUGAAGAGCUUGCAGAAAUUGUGCAUUGCAAGAAUACGAAAAGCCUUACUCUUUUUCCUGUAUUUUAUCAUGUCAGCCCUACAGAUGUUCGAAACCAGACUGGAACUUUUGCCGAAUCAUUUGCGCGGCAUGAAGAGCGGUUUCAGCAGGACAUGAUGAGGGUAAAAAGGUGGAGAGCAGCUCUAACAGAAGCUGCAAACUGUUCCGGCUGGGAUCUCGAGAGUGUUUCCAACGGGUAUGAAGCAAAGUUCAUCAAUAAGAUCAUCAAAGAAAUUUCGCAUCAAUUACACCCUAAUCACUUGAAUGUGGCCAAACACCCUAUAGGAAUAGAUUUUCGUGUUGUGGAGAUGAAAGCCUUAUUACAUCUGGAAAAAAAUGAUGUUCGCAUUGUUAGCAUCCAUGGGAUGAGUGGAAUAGGUAAAACAGUCCUAGCAAAAGCUGUUUAUAACCAAUUAAGUGAUGGAUUUGAAGGAAGUACUUUUCUCCGAGACAUUAAAGAAACUUCAAGACAGUUUGAUGGUUUAGUCAAGUUACAAAAAAAUAUUCUUAUUGAUAUCUUGAAAAUCAGAGAUUGGCCAUUUGAAAAUGUUGAUAGUGGAAUCUAUUGGAUUAAGAAACUCCUUGCUAGGAAAAAAGUUCUUGUUGUUCUUGAUGACGUGGAUCACGUGGAUCAACUACAUGCAUUAGCUGGCAACACUGAUUGGUUCGGUGCUGGAAGUAGAAUCAUUGCAACGAGUAAAGAUGAACAUUUGCUAAAGCAAUUAGGAAACUAUGAAAAAUAUAAAGUGGAAGAAUUGGCUUAUACAGACUCUCUUGAACUUUUUAGCUGCCAUGCCUUCAAGAUGCCCCAUCCAAUGGAAGAUUACCAUGAGCUUUCGAUUAGUGUAGUGAAGUAUACUGGAGGGCAUCCAUUAGCUCUUGAAGUUUUGGGUUCUUUUCUCUUGGGAAGAUGCAUUAUCGAAUGGAAAAGCACAGUGGAAAAAUUACAAAAAAUGCCUGACCACCACAUUCAAAAAAUACUUCGAGUAAGCUUUGAUUCUUUAGAUGAGACAACAAUGGACAUAUUCCUUGAUAUUGCAUGCUUCUUUAUAGGGAUGGACGCAAAAUAUGUUGCCAAAAUUCUCCAUGGGUGUGGUUUUUUUCCUGAUAUUGGUAUUAGUAAUCUUGCUCGGAGGUCUGUUGUGAUAAUAGAUUGCCAUAAUAAGCUGAGGAUGCAUGAUUUGAUUCGAGAUAUAGGAAGGGAAAUUGUUCGCGAAAGUUCAUGUAAAGAUCCAGGAAGACAUAGUAGGUUGUGGUUUCAUGAGGAUGUGUUAAAUGUACUAAACAAUCAGUUAGGAUCUGAAGUAGUGGAGGGUGUCGUGCUAAAUCCACCCUCACUUGCUGACAUACAUCUGAAAACCGUUGGAUUUGCAAAGAUGAAGAAUUUGAGGUUGCUUCAGAUCAAUAAUGUGCAUCUCACAGGACGUUUUGAGCUUCUUUCCAAAGAGCUAAGAUGGCUAUGUUGGCAUAACUGCCCAUUGAAAAUUCUACCGCAAAAAUUUCAUCUAGAGAAGCUUGUUGUGCUUGACUUACAGCGUGGUAAUUUUAAAGAAGUCUGGAAGGAGACCAGGGUAUUCAACAAGUUGAAAGUCCUUAAUCUCAGCUAUUCCAAAAAUCUCUGCAAAUCACCAUGCUUCUCACAAGUCCCACAUCUAGAGAUGCUACUUCUGGAAGGGAUGCAAGAACUUAAGGAAUCUCCCAAAAAGCAUUUCUAA